CCCGGGGCCGCGCGUAGCGGGACCGAUUGCCCAGUACUCCCGCAGGGGCCUGGGCCCCCGGAUAAAUACCGCCCGGCCGGCCCGAAGCAGCAGGCGAGAGCGGCGGCCGCGGUCCUCACCGCACCACCAGCCCGGCUCGCCCGGGGCUCUGCGCCCCGAGGCCGCUACCCAGGACCUACAGAGGAACACCUCUUUGAUCUUACCUUACGAUGGAAUUUAAAAAGUCACCUGAUGGUGGAUGGGGCUGGGUGAUUGUGCUUGUCUCCUUUUUCACUCAGUUUUUGUGUUACGGAUCUCCGUUGGCUGUUGGAGUCUUGUACAUAGAAUGGCUGGACACCUUUGGUGAAGGGAAAGGAAAAACAGCCUGGGUCGGAUCCCUUGCAAGUGGAGUUGGCUUGCUUGCAAGUCCUGUCUGCAGCCUCUGUGUCUCCUCUUUUGGAGCAAGACCUGUGACAAUCUUCAGUGGCUUCAUGGUAGCUGGAGGCCUGAUGUUGAGCAGUUUUGCCCCCAAUAUCUACUUUCUGUUUUUUUCCUAUGGCAUUGUUGUAGGACUCGGAUGUGGUUUAUUAUACACGGCAACAGUGACCAUUACGUGCCAGUAUUUUGACAGCCACCGAGGCCUUGCCCUUGGCCUGAUUUCAACAGGUUCAAGUGUUGGACUUUUUAUAUACGCUGCUCUGCAGAGGUUGCUGAUUGAGUUCUAUGGGCUGGAUGGAUGCCUGCUGAUUGUGGGUGCCUUAGCUUUAAAUAUAUUAGCCUGUGGCAGCCUGAUGAGACCCCUUGAGUCUUCUGAUUGCCCUUUGCCUGAAAAAACAGCUCUGGAAAGUGUACCAGAUCGAUACUCCAUUUACAGUGAGAAAGGAAAGGACCUGGAAGAGAACACAAACGUUCUUGGAAAGAGCUAUGGUGCUGAGGAAACACGCAAGAGCACCUUGGCCAGUGGUGGCCGCAAACAGGAGAGUCUACUUCAUAAAAACCCAGCAACAGUGGCGCACGCAAAAGAGGCUGAAACAUACAAAAAGAAAGUCGCAGAACAGACAUAUUUUUGCAAACAGCUUGCCAAGAGGAAGUGGCAAUUAUAUAAAGACUACUGUGGAGAAACUGUGGCUCUUUUUAAAAACAAAGUAUUCUCAGCCCUCUUCAUUGCGAUCUUCCUUUUUGACAUCGGGGGAUUUCCACCUUCUUUACUUAUGGAAGAUGUGGCAAGAAGUUCAAAUGUGAAAGAAGAAGAGCUUAUUAUGCCUCUCAUUUCCAUUAUUGGUAUUAUGACAGCAGUGGGUAAACUCCUUUUAGGGAUACUGGCUGACUUUAAGUGGAUUAAUACCUUACAUCUUUACGUGGCUACCUUAGUAAUCAUGGGCCUGGCCUUGUGUGCAAUUCCAUUUGCCAAAAGUUAUGUCACAUUGGCAAUACUUUCUGGGAUUCUAGGGUUUCUGACUGGUAAUUGGUCCAUCUUCCCAUAUGUGACCACAAAGACUGUGGGAAUUGAAAAAUUAGCCCAUGCCUAUGGGAUAUUAAUGUUCUUUGCUGGACUUGGAAAUAGCCUUGGACCACCAAUUGUUGGUUGGUUUUAUGACUGGACCCAGACCUAUGACACCGCGUUUUAUUUCAGUGGCUUCUGCGUCCUGCUGGGAGGCUUCAUCCUGCUGCUGGCCGCCUUGCCCUCCUGGGACACAUGCAACAAGCUGCUGCCCAGGCCGGCUCCAACAACCUUUCUGUACAAAGUUACCUCUAAUGUUUAGAGGAAUAUUGGAAGGCGCUACAGACUUUUCUCAUAGCAGAAUUUCACUGUGGCUGACUCUGAAUGAAAUUUUUUUUUUUUUUUAACAAAUCCUAUUCUCUAUGUACUGUAUAUGUAGCUUCUAUCUCCCGUAUAUAUUUUUUCCCUUUUUUUCUUUUUCCAAGAAGUGGGACUCAUUACUCAUGAGUUCUUGAUGAUGUAAAAAUUUUGGCCUGCCUCGGAAGGCUUUCUCUGCGUAAAGAAAUAUAAUUUUUCUGUAGGCUCCAUUAGUUCCACUGCAAGGCACCCGGAGGGGGCUCUUCUAUUUUAAAACUGAUGCAGGCAGCAUGAUGAGCUCUAUGUGAAGGCCACUAGGGACUAAAUCACUCUCUUCUCUAUGUUAGACUGGCUGGUACAUGAAAACAGUUACUAAAAUGGCAUUAAGAAUUGCAGUGGAGCAAGCCGAUCUUUUUUUUCUCAAAGCUAUUUUGAAUUACAGUCACUAGUUUUCACUAUUUGAUUUUAUUUCCCUUGAGGCAGCACCCCAUGUUCGGACCCACUGCGCUUAAAUCGUUUCAUUUCCUAAGUUGUUUGCUGAGAGGCAGGCAGUCUCCAAACGGGGGCACUCACCACAGCCUUGCUCAUGGUUGGCUGCCAUAACCAUGCUCACUCUUUGUCAGCAUCCAGUCAACUGAUGUUUCCCAGGAAGUGCUGAUUUUACCUGUUUCCAAAUUGGAAAUGCGUAAACCAUUCCGCUCUGGCAAAUGGGCAACAUCCAUUUGCUUCGGGCACAGUGGGAAUGAAUUGCAAAUCCUUGCAUAACUUCUCAAUGAACCGUUUAUUUGCUACUAUCAGAUUUUACCACUAUCAAAUUUUAAUUCAAGGGUAGAACUAAAACGUGUGUGUGUGUGUGUGUGUGUGUGUGUGUGUACUCCAAGUCUGUGUGGGACAUGGAAAGAGAAGAAGGCAAUAAGAAAUUCAUACCCUGAUCCAAGUUUAUUCAAUCUUAUAAAAAUUUUUGGAAAAAAAUCAAUGUUUAAUAAAUGGACAUUUUCCUAAAGAAAUAUUUUUUGACUUUGCUAUAUGAUAGAAUCCGCUAGAUCUUUUAAAAAAUAUAGUUGCCUGAGCACUACUCUUAGAGAUUUUAAUUCUGUAGGUGUAGGCUGUGGGCCAAGCCUCAAUAUUUUUAGUGAGCUCUUCAAGGAAUUCUGACAACAGAGCCGUCGAGAAUGGCUGUUAUAAGACUGGCAAUAGAGAAAGAGUCAUUCUCUUAAAUAAAAAACAAAAAAGCAAUAAACCAUUGAGGUGAGGUGUUUUUAGAAAUAGCCAACUGUGGUUCUUUAAAUAGGACGCACUCUUAUUGUGCCAAAAUUUUCUUUUCAUUUCUUUUGAAAUAUGUAAGAUUUUAUACUUCUAUGUUGCCUUUCUUGGAAGGCGCCUAAAGCACUUUAUAAGCAUGAAGCCCCACCACACCUCAGUGAAGUAGGUAAGUACUAUUUUUCUAUGGAGUAAACCUGGAGUGUGGGGGAAUUUCAUAACUGAGUUAAUCCUACUCAAUAAUGCAAUAAUGGGGCUCCAAAGUGCCUUGGACUUCUACUCCAUACUCAGACUUCUGGAAAGUUUUCUGUACCUCAUUCUUUAGUUACUGUCAAGGUUAGUAAAUAAAAGAAGUGACAUUUUAAAAAUUUAAACUAAAUGUUUUUGUGUUGAAAGUUCCUUUUUGCCAAUAUUAUAUUCAGGAAAUCCUAUAACCUGAAAAAUUUAACUUUCACAACAUCCCCACAUUCAUCAAUGUUGAUAAUUGUCCAAAUGCAUCUUCACUCUGUCUACUAAUGUCAUCCAGUGUGUGCAUUUUCCGUUGUCUAGGGAAUGAAUUUUAUGUUACAAUAAAAUAUUUUUUUGGUUUGUUUUGCA